CGUCCUCCCCUCCUGUGAGGAGGCGGGGCGGUUGCUAUGGAAACAAAGAGACGCUGCCCGCCAAGCUUUCAGCAAAAGAGAGAGAGGAAGGGGAAGGAAGGAGACCCGCGCGCGCAUGAGGGCGGCAGGCUGAUUGGCGGGCGGGAAGGGAAGUCUGGCAAGCCUGCCUCCAAAGGAUCAAUUCUGCACAGUAGAGCACCGCAAUGAGAGGUCAACAGCAGCUACAGUGAUCUUGAAUUGUUACUAUGUAUGAAGCGAAAGAAAGACAGAAGUUUAUCAGUGAUGCCCAGUACUUAAAAGAGAUGCAGCACAAGAUGGAUUCAGAGUAUCAGGCUUGCCUGAGAAAACAAGAGCUGACUAAAGAGCAGUCUGAGAAGAAGCGAGACCAACACCCCAGACAAGAACUGAGGCAGACAACAAUUUCUUCCAUCUCUACUGUUCGUAGUUAUGAAAGGCCCUGGAUUUCAAGACUUCCCUUUAAUAGACAGAUCUCUUCUGACGAAGCUUCUGGAUGUGAGCCAAAAUCCUCUAUGAAGUCUUUUGGGAACAAAUCUGAAGCUAAAUUUCCUGCCAUUGAAAAAACAUCAGUCAAGCAGAAGCAAAAAGCAAGCACAUCUUCCAGAAAACUAGAAAAAAAUGGAUCUUGCCCCAAAAAGGAUACUCUAGCUUUUCAGAAGCCAAUUUUAUCAAGAAGACGAAUGAACCAGAGGAGUUUAUUGGAAAACCCAGACUCUGAAAAUAUGAGAAAAGUGGAAGUAAGGGAGAGGAAAACACCAGUACUUCAGGCGAUAACAAAACUUGCCCGAGGGUCUGAUCCACAAGAUGGCAUUGGACAAAGAAAUGGCCAUGUUCUCAAGGCGAAGAAGAAACCACAAGAAAGAAGGAACUUAAUCCAGUCAUCUAAACUAAGCAUUGACAGCAAAGGCCUGGAGAGACAUCUCAAAAAAGGAAAUGUUCUGACAGUUGCUCAGCAGCCUCCAACUCAUCUAGUGGAUUCAACUGUCCAAGUUACUAAUGGUCCUUCUGUAUCAGGUGAAUCAAGCAACUCAAAUCUUCCACCCAUUAAAAAUACUACCGUAAGGUCCAGAGAAGGAGAUUUUUAUGCAAUGUUGUGCUCAAAUGUGGAAGAUUCCACUGGAGACAACGAAAACCUCAAAGAUGUUAUCCCCUUAGAAGAAGAGCUCCUUUCUGUUGAUUUCAAUAAACCUCCUCUUGAUCAAAGUAACAGGGUUGGUGGGGUGUCUCUAAAACAAGCAGAGCAGCACAACUCUGAAAUGGCAGUUGGGGGUGAUGGGAGAAGGGCUGGAUCUUCCCACAUAUUAAUAAGUCAACAUAUUGUAACAGGAGAGCCAGCAGCUGAGCAGUCUUCAUCAGUGCAAAGGAAAAUAAGAGACCAAAGAAAGCCUCAUGCACAUGAGGAAACGCUUAUGGAAGAAGAUCAUAAAAAUGAGGGUGAAACUUUGGCCUGCAGUGGAAAAAGUCUGCAUACUGAAUGCAGGCCAGAAAAUGGAACUACAAGUGAUGCAGUUAUUAAUACAAAUUCUGCUGAAGACUGGCAAAGCAAUAAUGUCUAUGGUAGGGAACAACAGAGUUUUGAGAACAAUCAAAGACGAUAUGCUGGAUUUGUUAGUUCAGCAAGACCAACAGUCCAGAGGGUUUCCUUGCAUUCAACAUUUAAUAUCCCAGGAUCCUUAGUGCAAUAUGCUGCUUUAAACAGAACAGAGUCUAUGGGUGGUGUGGAUAUGGCUACAGAUUCCAUGCAAGUCACAGAACUCAGUGGAAGCCCAAGAUUCUCUGUGCGCAGACAGCUCUCUCCUAUAAGAAUUAGGGAUUCCUAUUCAGGUACUGAAAGCUGUCGAUCCUCCUCACCCAGUGUCAGCACUUUUGAAGAUAGUAGUCUGCUUGAGGAUAGUAUAAGCAAUAGUCUAAGCAGCAUAUCUCCCAGUACUAUUUCACACGAUGAAGAUAACUUUCUGAACUCCCACAGUUCGUCAUCAUCCACAGAUUCAUCCCACCCAUCUCAUUUCUGGACAAAUUUCACAGCACACCUUACCAUGUCUGGUCCUUUGCCUGAUCAGGCCCCAAUUUUCCUGACAGUAUCUGAUUUGAGAAAUCAGAGCAGCUUUGUGAGCAGUCCACCAGGAGCAAAUGAGAUAAAUAAGCCUGAGAUAGAUCCCGAGAAGCUAAAAAAACUGCAAGAAAGUCUUUUGGCUGAAGAUUCUGAAGAAGAAGGUGAUCAGUGUCGAAUAUGUCAGAUUCCUGGAGGAUCCAUAACCAAUCCCCUUCUAGAACCAUGUGGAUGUGGAGGAUCUCUUCGCUUUGUCCAUCAAGAAUGUCUAAAAACCUGGUUAAAGGCUAAGAUAAAAUCAGGUGCAGAGCUUGGUGCAGUGAAAACAUGUGAACUCUGUAAACAGAGCCUUACUGUGGAUCUGGAUGAUUUUAAUGUGAAUGACUAUUACAGAAACCAUCAGCAGUCUCGGGCCCAGGAUGAGCUAAUGAACUCAGGUCUUUACCUCGUGUUGCUGCUUCACUUGUAUGAGCAAAGGUUUGCAGAACUCAUGAGAUUAAACUACAACCAAGCCUUCAGAGACAGGCUCUCAAGACAGCCUAGAACAGAGGAAAACCAAAAUUCAGCCAACUCUGGCAACAGUGACUAAGAAUGGUCAAAGUGGAUCUAAAGAAGAGAACUCUUUCUCAGAAACAAAAAGAGAACCCUUCUCCAUACCUUCCUACUUUCCUCCUCUUUCUUAUCACCAGACCAUAAUGAGUAUGUAUACCACUCAUAUUCAGUGUCACCAUUUAAAUCUAAAGUCCUCUCAAGGGUCUGGAGCUCUUA